CUGGGGGCAGAGUAUGCAUAGUUUAUUGUGAAUGAUGAUUGGUGCAGAUUUUAUUCGUGCUUGCUAUAAUUCCAAACAUGAUCAGGUUCAAUUAACUUGGAAAAUAGUGGAGACUGGAAGCAACUACCCAAGGCGAGAGUUCGUACGAGAAGUCCUAGAGAAACCUGUUCUACAACUGGUUCCUCAUCUUGGUUAUGUUAGCCUUUUCCCAUUUAUCCUCAGGCUUAUUCCACCUGACUCACAGAUACUCGAGAGUCAGCUUGACCUCAUCUCCAAUAAGAGCAUUUUAUGGACUGAUUUUGGGCUGAGAUCCCUAUCCAAAACAAGCUCCAUGUAUAUGAAGCGUAAUACGGAGCAUGAUGCUCCAUAUUGGAGAGGGCCUAUCUGGAUACCCUUGAAUUAUUUGAUUGUUUCGUCUCUUCAUCACUACUCCCAAGUGCCUGGACCAUACAGAGACAGAGCCAAAACCGUCUACAAUGAAUUGAGGAGCAAUUUGAUAAGAAAUAUCGUUGGGAACUAUAAACGGACAGGGUACCUGUGGGAACAAUAUGACCAGAAGAAAGGUAAAGGGAAAGGUGCACGCCUGUUUACUGGAUGGACAGCAACUGUGCUAUUGAUCAUGGCAGAAGCUUACCAUGAAGUUUAGUAUCACCCUAAUGUUGCAAAAGUAAUCAUUUUUGACAUAUUGAAUUCAGACGUAUACAACUACUAGAUAA